GCUAGUUUUACCUCGUGUAUUACGCCCUAUAUUGGUGUAACUUUUUAUUUGCUGAAUUAUUAAAGCGAAAAUGGCAGAAGGUGGUAAAAAUAGCCCAAAAACAAAGACGCAGUCUAUCUUGUUAGAUUACGAUGUUGAAUGGAACCAAAAGUUGGGCACAGGAAUCAGUGGUCCAGUCAGGCCAUGCCGGAAGAAGAAAACAGGGAAGCGUUAUGCAUUAAAAUGCCUCCCAGAUACGCACAAGUCUCAGACAGAGGUGAACCUUCAUCUGAUGUGUAACGGCCACCCAAACAUUGUACAGGUCCAUGAUGUGUAUGCUAACGACAUACAGUUCCCUGGAGAGAAGCAGCCAAAGGCUUACUUGUUAAUGGUGAUGGAAAUGAUGGAGGGAGGUGAGCUAUUUGACCGCAUCAGUCGGGAACGUAGGUUCACGGAGAAUAAGGCGGCAAAGUUUUUCAGGAAGAUAGCAAUAGCAGUCCGCCAUUGUCACAGCCUCAAUGUAGCUCACAGGGACCUCAAACCUGAAAAUAUACUCCUCACUGACAACACAGAGGAUGCGGAGCUGAAGUUGUCUGACUUUGGUUUUGCCAAGAUUGACGACGGCAAUCUACAAACUCCAUACUUCACACCCUACUAUGUUGCACCUCAGGUUCUAGAAGCUCACAGACACCAAGCCAAGUUGAAAAAAGGCAUCAUUCCCACCUCAAUACCAUAUACAUAUGACAAGUCAUGUGACAUGUGGAGUCUUGGCGUGAUCCUGUACAUCAUGCUGUGUGGUUAUCCCCCCUUUUACUCGGAAACUCCGAGUCGACAGAUCACUGUGGAGAUGCGAAGGAAAAUUCUUUCUGGAGAGUAUGAUUUCCCAGAAGAUGAGUGGUGCCAUGUGUCUGACAGAGCGAAACAGGUCGUUAAAAGCUUGCUACAUGUAGACCCCUCAUACCGUCUCAACAUCGAGGAUGUCACCAAACUUUCCUGGUUGGAAGACGCCCCUGACACAGAACUGCAUUCACCCGCUGUCAUUGCUGAUAAGCAAAGUCUGGAGGAUAUAAACCUGGCUCACGCCCAGCAGUUGACCAUACUGAGAACCCCAGAAUGUCAGCUGACACUGAAACCCCUCAUAGAGUCCCACAAUCCCAUCCUCAGAAAGAGAAAAUAUAGACAAAGCAGCACCGAGGAGCCAAGCAGACCCGUCACCAAGGUUACGACCUGUGAGAUGACCUUGAGAUCACUUCGUAACAUCAUUGCUUACUGUAUUCUACCUCCUAAAGAUGAUGAUGAGAGUAAGUUAAACGACCUUAUCGUCAAGGCAACAGGGUUCCUGGGCUCCGUCCACAAAGAUCUGGUCGAUAUUCUCAACACUUGGGAGUGGGAUGGACAACGAUUUCAAACCAAGAUUGACAAGUCAAAACUAGCUCAGAAGUUGAGUGAUCUAGUCCAAGGGCUGAACGGACUUGGUUUACAGCACCAGCCCAGCAAUGAGGAGGAAAAUGGAAUGGAAAAUGGAACUUAACAGUAGAAAUGAGAUUUAUUUUGUUUUCAACAAAAGAAAAGGUGCUCAUACAUUGUCAUUUAAAAUCAUUUGAAAUUAUUUGAAACAUUCCCAUUGAUAUGACCUUUGUGUGCAUUGUUUUUAUUUCUUUGUCUGAACUCUUGUAAUAUGCAAACAUGUAUACAGUAUUUAUAGGUGUAUUUUAACUUGUUCUAUUUAUUUCAUUUUCUAUGUCUUCUUGAUAAGCCCUGUUUUCGUAACCUUGAAAAGGUAUGUUACUUUCUUUGAAUAUGACAAUGAACUAUUAUUGUGCAAUUUGUUGGAGAAUCAUAUUUAUUCAUAUUUUUUUAUGCAUACAUUAUUUUAUAAGUGAACAGGUACAAUGGUCAUAAAAUGAGAGCGUUUUUAGCUCAACUAUUUGAAGAAUAUGGAGAGCUUUUCAACUGACCCUAGUUUUAUUGUCACUGCUUGGUUAAGGUUUUGCAUGUAAGCACUUUAUAGCCAUUAUCUCAACAAAUACAUCAUGUAUUGUAUUGAAACUUACAAUAUGUAUUCCCAAAUCCCAACUUUCAAACCUACAUAAUUAAUGAAGUAAGAUAACACUUAUUUGAAUUUAAUGCCAAUUAUUGGCCUUUAUUAUUUGACUUAGAAAUUCUGGUUUAGGUUUUGCAUGUAACCACAUUUAAGUCAAUAUCUCAGCAGAUACAACAGUGCCUGGCCAAUGGCAAUUCAUCAUUGAAUUAUUUGCCCUCCACUCUUGGCCAUAUAAGAGUUUGUGGAAGGUAUCAUUCUGAUUCUGGAACAGCGUUUAUACAUACCUACGGUGUCGAUGUGUUAUGAUCGUGUUCAUGGUUUGUCUAAAACACAUGUAUAAAUAUGGUCACUUAUGCAAUAAGAAAGAGCAUAAACACAUAUUUAAAGAUGAAGGUCAUCUCAGAAAAAGAAAAAAAUGUUACCCCUCACCCCCUUUAAAAAAAAAUUGGAUGAAAAUCUAGCAAUUAAUUUAUAUUGGCUUUAUUGUACAUGAUUGUAGUUUCCCUUUGAAAUGCAUAUAAAAAAAAUCAGAAUAUGUGUGUAUCAAGAGCAAGAAAAAAUAUUAUAUUUGCCAUGGACCUAAAUUGUAAAUUAAUUUAUUAAUAUAUGAUUUAUUGGAAGACUGUCACAGCUAAUAAAAGCUUUAUUUAUAUCCUUUCAUUCAAAAACAAUAAACACAUAAGGCCACAAUGAAUAUUUUGUUUGGUAUUUACUUACCCCCAUUUUAAGGGGUGGGUAGGUGGCAACUUAUGUGUUAUUUCUUUUCCUUCCUAAUCCCUUUAAUCAGGUUACUGUGAGUUGGUCAAUUGUGGCUUGGGUAGAAAUAUUUAUUUUUGAUAUCAUUUUAAAAUCAAGUCAACAUAUGUCAUAUCUGUUUUUGUUUUUUUUAUUCUGUGAUAUUUAUAGUUACGUCAGUUAGGCAUUUAAUGCACUUUUAUAUAUUUUCAUCUCUCUAUAAUAUAUAUUUAUAUGAUAUAUUAUUAAUUUGUAAUAAAAUUACUGCCCAAUA